GGGUGGAGACCACGCGUGGGCUUUGGGGGAGUCGCCGCCAGGGUGUAUCAGUCCGCUGGGAGCCCGAGGGCUUGGAGCUUUCUCCAGGAGCCCGCUAGGGUCAGCUGACGCUCUGCACUUUCCCUAAAUACGCGACGACCAAACCACGGCGCAGAAGUUGCACGCGACUUUUGUGGAGUGUCCUGAGGUGUUUACAUACCGCUUCACGGCGUUCAUUCUCUUGUUCCCGCUACCUGUCGCUCUUAAUAAUAAUCAUAGAGCUACCCGUUGGCGGCUCACUGACCUGCGCUAUGUGCUGUCCUCCAAAGGUUCAGGUUUACUCACGACAUCCCGCAGAGAAUGGAAAACCAAAUUACCUGAACUGCUACGUGUCUGGGUUCCAUCCACCCCAGAUUGAGAUUGAUUUGCUGAAGAAUGGGGAGAAGAUGGAAGUGGAGCAAUCAGACCUGUCUUUCAGCAAGGACUGGUCUUUCUACCUUCUGGUCCACGCUGCGUUCACUCCCAAUGCAGUGGAUCAGUAUACCUGCCGCGUGAAACACGUUACUCUCAUAGAGCCCAAGACAGUUAAGUGGGAUCGAGACCACUAACCAGCAUCAUGGAGUUUUGAAGAUGCCUCAUUUGGAUUGGACUUAUUCCAAAUUCUGUUUUCUUGCUUUUUAAUGCUGAUAUGCUUUUAUGCUUAAUGGACAUAAAUGAGAAGUUAUAUUGAUGUUACCACAAAUAUCAUCUUCUUUAUAAUUUUUCUUUGUGCACUACAUCUCCAUGUUUGCCCUGUCUUGGCAUGUAGCUGUAGUUGGGGUGCUGGCAGCGUAGUGGUGGGGAGGAAAGAACUCUCAUGUUCAUCAUCAACAUCUUGGUCAAAUUUGAAGUCUUUAUUGUCUUUUGCACACAAAACUAGGUAGCAAGAUAACUGCAUAUUUAGAGUAAACCUCCAAUUUGUAAUGUUUCUUAGAAUUAUGGAAAAUUUUUGGAAAGAUAAUUGUCAGAAUUAUUGGAAAUUUAUUAUAGUGGAUGACAUUUUGUCAUAUGAAAUCAUAUUUACUUCUUAACAUCUGUUAGUGUGAGACAUGGUUGUGCCUGUUUUUAUUUUAUUUUGUUUCACUAAUUAAAAUGCUGGUAAAACUUGA